GUGCCGCUGCCCCAGUGCCUUCUAUGGCAUCCGCUAGACAGUGGACGCUGAAGUGGGCAUGGAGGUGUCUGUCCAAAAGGAAUUCUCCCCGGAACUCCAUGAUAACACUUCCAAGGCCUACAUGGAUUUCAGCAACACCUUCAAGCAUCAGAUGCAGAAGGUUUACCAAAACGUGCAGGGGUUCAAGGAUGUGGAGAUCCUGUCCCUGAGGAAUGGCAGCAUCGUGGUGGACUAUCUGGUUCUGCUGGAGUUGCCCUUCAGUGUCCAGCUGGAGAACGAGUAUGAGAAGGUGAAGACAGUCCUGAAGGAGGAACUCCAGAAUGUCACCCAGGAUCAGGACAGCUGCCAGAACGACACCCUGUGUUUUAAGCCUGACUCCAUCAAGGUGAACAACAACACCAGGACGGAGCUAACUGUGGAAGGCAUCUGCCGCCGAGCCGCUGCCCAGGGGUAUGAGGAUUUUUACUUCCCCUUGGUGGAGGAGAACAGGCUCCGCUGCGUCACCAACUGCACGUCAGGCGUACCGGGCGCCAUGGACUGUAAUCAGGGCCAGUGCCUCCUGGAGAGGAGCGGGCCCACGUGCCGCUGCUUCUCCACGGACACGCACUGGUUCUCGGGCCCACGCUGCGAGGUGUCUGUUGCCUGGAAGGCACUGGUUGGGGGCCUAGCGGGGGCCGCGGCGGUGCUGCUGCUGCUGGCGGCCCUCGGCAUCUUCGUGGUGCGUUCCCGGAAGAGGCGCGGCCAAGGCGGAGUCUGGUCCUGGGACGACGAGGACGACAGGAAAUGGUUCGAGAUGUGUGAUGACAACACUGUGGGGACUUUUAUAAACUUGGGCUUCGAAGACGACAGAACAGUCAAGGAGGAAAACUUCCACGUGGCCUUGGAGACUGUGGACACCAGUAAGCAGGUACACAUCCAGAGACCUGAGGUGGCCUUGUCCCAGCUGUGAGCUCUGCAUUACCCCCUCCGCACUGCCCCAGGCAGCAAGAAGGAACCACCUGCACCGUGUCCAGUUCCAGAGAUGGCCCAGGUCUCAUGCCGCUCCGUGUCCUGGUUUUCUUGGGCAAAAUCUGACCGUCCUCUGACCUCCAUCCUUCUCCCACUUUGGGUGAAACCCAUCUGGAGACCCAGUUCGGACCCAGGCACUUCCUCUGUCGGACCUUGGGGAAAUCUGUUAACUUCUCCAAACCUGUAGAAUUCGCAUAGCACACUUGUUCUGAUACCGGUACAGUUAUUGUGAAAACCAGAAGUGCUCAGUCGGUUUUCUAUCCCAAUACCCCUUCCUGUGUCAGCCCUCAUGCUUAGAUGGCUUCUCUCAGAUCCGCAGUCCCCGCAUCCUUGGCUGGGUCUCAGGCCUUAGUCUUUAUUUUUCUGUGAGCAUUCCAUUCUGCCUAUUCCUCACCUUCACCUUAGCCAGCCCCCGAACCACCCCAGCCUCCUUCCCUCCUUAGAGAAUUCCCUGCCAUAGCCCUUACUCCCAUUCUUUUACUUUGUCUCCCCCCCGAAACCACUUCUUAAACCACUUCUCCCCAUAUCCCAGCCCACAGCCCUGAUCUCCUCCCACUCUCUCCCUCCCCAUCCUUGUACCCUCAGCCCUAAGCCCUUACUCUCCACCUCAGUGCCCCAGUCCUAAAUCUUCCUUUCUCCCCCAACGCCCCUGUCCCUAGUUAGGUACAGAUGCCCCCGUCAUCUUAGAACCCCCCAGCUGUGUUCCCCAGGCUCUCGUCCCCCAUUCUGAGGUUCCAUCCCUUCCUCUCCUUUCUAAGGGCCCUGGAUACUUGUGGGGGUGGGGGGAGGGUUGGGACAUGGGUUCCCCCAGGUCGUCAAGGCUGAAGGGAAGUGGUGGAGAAGCUCCCUCAGUCCCCUCCUCCUCAUUCCCCUCAUUCUCCCUCCCCUCCUCACUGCCUCACCCACCUUCUACCCUCUUCCCAGCUCUUCCUCCUCCUCACUCUGUACCUGCUUCCACCCCUGUCUCUGCAGUAACCUCUGAGGCCAGAAGCCCAGCCUCCUAGGCAGGGAGGUCUCUUUUGGGGACAGGAAGUCUGCAAGUCUCCAAUUCUCCCUUGGAACACAAUAUAACAUUUAUUGCAAAAGAA